AUGGACUCUGCAGAAGAGGAUCACGGUCCUGAGGUUUUCGAGACCAGCGACGUCGAAAGCGAAAGCGGAACCAAUCAUGUUGAAGAAUCCAGUGAAAGCAUUGCACGUGAUGCCUUGGCCCCGCCUCUGGACGCCGUUUCCAGCUAUGAGUCUUCAGCUCUCAGUGACGAAUUGACCUUGGUUGAUUUCCUGGGCAAUGUGGCGAGGCGGUUGGCCCAAAGUGGCUAUAAUGUGGAGAAGCUUGGAGAAACGAGGAAACAGAAAAUGGCCAGAAUUGCUAGAGAGCUUGAAGAGUUGGAGAAAGAGGAGCCUUCUGAAGUUGAGGUAUUGGCUGGAAAGUUCCGUGAAUUGAAAGCUGGGGACGAGAAAAACGGUGAUUUUGAUCUUGGUGUGGGAGACCUUUUCAAGAAUAUCGAGUCUGCCUUGAAGAAAAAGUCAAAAAAGGAGCAUUCUGAGUCGAACGAGGUGCUACGAUUGGAAAAGAGGAUAGCCGAGUUGGAGGAGGCCAUUGGGUCCAAUGAGGACACACCCACAAGCAUCAGAAACAUCUUGAACAACGCCAGUCGAAAGGUGAACGUCUUGUACGAUCACGAGGAGGAGAUCGCUGCUGUCCAGACCGAAAUCAAGCUGCUCAGCAAAGAUAUGGAGGCUUUGGCUGCCAACAGGCGUAUGGCUCUGAUUUCAAGCGGCUCUAAAGAGCCUCCUGUGGUGCCAAUCAGCUUUGAUCAUAAAGUGUCGUCUUUGUAUGACCGGUUGGGUGAGUUUGACAGAGUCAACACCAUAGUGCCUCUGAUGAUAGCCAGGCUACAUUCGCUCAACAGUGUUCAUGCAGAGGGCGGGCAUGCUGUGGAAUGUGUGGCUACGUUGGACAAGACAUUGAGCAGUUUGGCGCUGGAUAUGAAGAAGUGGGACGAAUCGGUGGACAAGAUAGACAAGAGUCUUGUGGAGCAGAGCGAGGCGUUUGAGAAGAACGCCGAGGUGUUUCAGAAGAAGAUGGAGGAUGUGAUGAGUCGAAUUGACCAGAUCGAAGCGAGGAAGGGUUAA